AUGGAACAGUCAAGUUAUAAUAUUGAAGAUGUGUAUAGAGAAUUUGCUACGAUCGAUGACUAUUUUUAUGUGACGGAGGAAGGUGUAUUUAGAGUUGAUACUGCACACACAUCAAUCAACGAUUAUUGUAAUUCCUGGUGGAACCAAGGAAAAGACAAUUGUCAUAAUCAUCUUGAAAUGACUAAUUGUAGUGUUAUUUAUUUGCUAAAAACGAUAAAGGAAAAGUAUAAAUUAGAAGAUGAUAAACUUGGCGAAUACGUUAUUUUAUGGUUAAGUUAUAAACUAAAUAGAAAACCACAACAUAAAUUCGCCAAAUUAAAUGAUUUUUAUAAUAGUUAUAUAGAAAAAAAAGAAUGUUAUAAUGAUACAAUAAAAGAUAGUGAUAAUAUGACUUAUAAGGAUAUUAUAAAUAAAAAAAAAUAUUUGAUGGAUAUGAAUAUUAAAGAAAUAUCUAAAUUUAAUGGUCCAUUUAAUAUAUUAUUUUAUUUGUAUCAUUUAUUUCAUGAUGAACCUUUGAAAUGCGAAACAAAUUUGAAAUUAGCUAAAGAAUUUGUUCAAAAAUUUCAAGAUCUCAAUAAAGAUUCUAAUAAUAUAAAAGACAUUUCAUAUAAUAAACUGUUAUCUACAUUAUCAAAUGAUUAUAUAAAUUUAAUAAAUAAAUAUGGUAAUAAAUGUACCAAUUUUAAUUCACUUCCAGAAUUAAACACCCAUAAAAGCCCUGUAGAUGAUCCUGUAGAUAUUUCUGGAAAAGAUUCUGGACAAUCUACUACACUAAGUCCUGAAGUUACAUCAUCAAGUUCAUCGAUAUUAAACACAGUAAUUCCAGUUUUAUCGACAUUUUCUUUAAUAUCACUUUUCUUGGGAGUUGCUUAUAAGUAUUCAUUAUUUGGAAUUAAUAAACUAUUCCAAAGACAAUAUAUAAGAAAAAAAUUAAAUCAAGUAAAGAAGAAAAUGAAAGUUAAUAUAUGA